GUAUGAAAUGAGCAAAUGUCAUGGAACCAUUUGUUUACAGAGGAUCCUAGAGAGAAGGAGAGAAGAGAACGAAGAGAGAGGAGGAUGAGGGAAGAUGCUGGGGAUGAAGAAAAACUAUCAAGAGAUGAAAUCAAAGAGAAACAAGCAAUAAAGGACCGUUAUUUGGGAGUUGUAAAGAAGAAGAGGAGAGUACGUCGUCUCAAUGAUCGGAAAUUUGUUUUUGAUUGGGAUGCAGGAGAAGAUACAUCAGCCGAUUUUAACCCUUUGUACAGAGAACAUCAUGAGAUCCAACUUUUUGGACGUGGGAGCGUUGCAGGAAUAGAUAUUAAAGCACAGAAGAAACAAUCCAAGUUCUAUCAAGAGAUCUUAGAACAACGGAGGACAGAACAGGAGAAAGACCAAGAAAAGAGCCGAUUAAAGAAGCAGAAGAAAAGAGAAGACAAGCAAACAUGGGAUGAGAGACAUUGGAAACAGAAGAAACUAACCGAGAUGAAAGACAGAGAUUGGAGAAUCUUUAGAGAAGAUUUCAACAUCUCUACUAAGGGAGGUCACAUACCAUCACCAAUCCGAUUUUGGGACGAGUAUGGACUCCCUAAACAUAUUCUUGAUAUCAUCAAUGAUAUUGGUUAUAAGGUAGGUGGCUAUUGGCUAUCACUCCUGGGCCCUGUCUUACAAAAAGUUGCGAUUGAUCCGAUCAAUCACAACUAUGGACGGCCAGCAACAUCUAAAAUACAUGUUUGUUCAAAAUAUUUUCCAACUAUGAUGUAUAUUCAUGCAUUCAUUGUUUUCUCGAAAAUUCACUGUGCUUCUCUUUGUUUAUAAAGGACAUUGUGCAAAUGUCCAGUAGAAAAAAAAUUAUGACACUGAUGGAUUUCCAUAGAGUUACGAUUACAACUCUUUGUAAAAUGGGGCCCAGGAUGUGUAACAAUGGCCAUUGUCUCAUACUCAUACAUGUAGUUUUUAAUAUGAAAAGCUUCACUUUCAUUUUUAAUGAGACAGGGGAGGUGCUGAUUCAGUGCCCCUUCAACAUCUUUUUUCAAUAAAUCUGCAGUGCGAAAUUUUUUUACCGCAUUGCUCAUAUAUUUUUUACGUGCAAGUCUCAUGCAACUUCUGAGACCAAAUUUGCAGCCCCCACUUUACAUGGUUACAAAAUUAUGCAACCACUCUAGAAAAAUGUUGACUGAAUCAAUCAAUCAAUUUAGAAAAAUCAAGCAAUAAACACUGAAAAUUUAAUCAAAAUUGGAUGUAUGAUAAGAAAGUUAGGUCAUUUUUUAAGUUUCAUUUAUUUUUUCAUAGAAGAGCAUGAUCGCUUAAGGGUUAGCAUUGAGGUGAAAAUUUUUUUUUUAGAUAUUUCUAUCAAAAUUGCUUUUAAGAUAAUCUUUGAUAUCUCAGGUUUCAAAGAACUCAGUUUCAUGAAGAUUGAUAAAUCCGAAAUUCCUGGAAUAGUCCAUUUUAUUCGUGGGGGUGCUAUUACAUGUACCUCUCAUCACGGACGGACAUUUUUACUCAAAUUAAAUUCUCUCUAGUUUUAUUGUUAUAAAGUCAAAAAGGGGCCUAAGCUUUCGAUCCUAGCAGAAUCUUCGUCGGAGGCAAAAUGACAAACAUAUAAAGUGGAACAACCAUAAUAUAGACCACAAACAAGCUACAGCAACACUAGAAACAAGGAGACAAGUUUAAGUAUGGAAGGAAAGUAAACAAGAAAACACUAAAAUACAAAUACAGAAAAUCAAACAUAUAUGGAUAAAACAAGACAAAUUAGAUAAGGAGGAUCACAUGGGAGUGAUACAACAGCAGAAUAGGAGAUUUUUAAAGUUAUUCCAAUUUGGUUUAGUUGUUCUUGCACUCUGAACAUUAAUCUAUUAUCAAACAUAAAUUAGUAGGAAAAAAAAAAAUGGGAAGUAAUUUUUUUUGGUAGGUGUGAACAUUUCCAUUUUGAAAUUUCCGUCC